CAAAAAGCAUAUCUGUUUUGAUGGGUGUAUGUGUGUCAAUUUUUACUGCAGAAAAUACGGAAAAUUUAAAAAAAAGUAGAAAAGUGAUAAAAAGAAUCUGUAAAGGACCGUAAUAAGUGUACAAAAAUGCCUUCAGAGGAGGGACACGAUGAUGGUGUGGGGAGCGCAAGUCAGAGACUUACAAACGAUGACUUCCGGAAGCUUCUAAUGACUCCUCGAACAGCUCCUGCUUACGCUUCGGUAUCCACCACACGGGGUGAAACACAAUCUAAGGCUACAACUGCAAAAGUGAGCAAUUCAGAGAAAUAUGAGGCUCGUCGGAAGAAAAAGAAUUUCUAUGCUGCACUCAAGAAGCAGGAAGAUCACAAAAUGUCCGAAUUGGCGGAAAAGUAUCGCGAUAGGGCACGUGAGAGACGAGAUGGAGUGAAUCCAGACUAUCAAAAUACGGACAGCAAUGGGAAUUCAGCUAGUGCCUACCGUACGGUAGCACCGGACCUUAAAUCCGGCAUCGAUGCAGCUGAGCGUAGGCGACAGAUGAUUCAGGAAUCCAAAUUCUUGGGUGGUGACAUGGAACAUACACAUUUGGUAAAGGGAUUGGAUUAUGCGCUGCUACAGAAGGUCCGCAGUGAGAUUGUGGCUAAGGAGCAUGAUCAGGAAGAGGAGAUGGAGAAGAUUGUGGAUGAACCCAUGCCAGAUCCCAAGGUUGAACCUGAAAAACCCCACAAGCGUGAAGAAGAAUGCAAGACAAUUAUGGGGCUCAACAUUAAAAAUCUCAUUGCUGCUCAAAAGUCUAAAGUUGUGGAGCGCAAUGAGCUGUUCUUACCGGGAAGAAUGGCCUAUGUGAUUGAUAUUGAGGAUGAAAAUGCAGAAAAUGACAUCCCAACCAUUCUUAUUCGCUCCAAAGCAGAUGUUCCCAUGUCUAAUGCUGAACUACAGACUCUCACCACCAAUGAUAUUGUCAUAAAUAAAUUGUCUCAGAUUUUGGGCUAUCUCCGGUCUGGAGGAAAAAAUAAGAAGAACAAGAAACGCGACAAGGAUCGUCCCUUGUUCAAGGAGAUCGACAAAAAACAAAGUGUCGAUGCCAUUUACACUACUGAAGAAGUCUAUGAGGCCAGAAAACACGGAGAAUCAUCGUCUACCAAUAAAGCAGCUAUCUUUGGAAAUCCAGACGGAGGGUACUUUGACAAAUCCUCCAAGGAGACAACUAAAAGCUCAAAAAGUAGUGGAAAUUUCCCUAAGCCACCAGUAAAGCUCCCUGCAGGUUUAAUAUCACGCCUAACAGCUGAACCCGAAGGCUACGCUGAAUGCUACCCCGGACUGCAGGAGAUGAACGAUGCAAUUGAUGAUUCGGACGAGGAAGUUGAUUACACAAAGAUGGAUUUGGGCAAUAAGAAGGGUCCAAUUGGACGAUGGGACUUUGACACUCAAGAAGAGUACUCAGACUACAUGAGUACCAAGGAAGCAAUGCCAAAAGCAGCCUUCCAGUACGGUGUGAAGAUGCAGGACGGCCGAAAAACACGCAAACAUAAGACGGAAAAGAGUGAAAAGGCCCAAUUGGAUCGGGAAUGGCAGCAAAUUCAAAAUAUUAUUGAAAAAAGAAAAGCUAAACCAUCCUCUGAUGCCCCGAAGAAUAAGGCAGCCAAGUACUAAGAAGAAUCCUUCCGGAAAAUUCCUUGAACAAACGUUCGCUUCACAUCCACAUUUUCCUUCACGUUAAUUGUCUGUCGGUGCACAUAGGUAUUCUGCUCCAUUCGGAAACCAGCACCCUCACAAAUUUCCUGGACUUGUUUAUCAGAGAAGAAGUAACUCCUGCAGAUAUAAUAAUGUAUCAAUUAUUAGCUUCCUAUAUAGCUUUGUGAAUACAAUUAAUAAAAAUCUCACCGAGUUCCAUCUUGACGUGCAUAGAAA